ACUGCCUGAUGACGACAUCUUUCUGCGACUGUCAACACGCACGCAGCGUAGCUAACCUCAACUUUUCGUACCGCAUUUGUAUAGUUUUUAUGUUUAACUAGGAGGUAACAGUUAAACCGUUUACUGUGAAUCGAUAAUAAUAUUUUUAGAAGAGUUAGCGAGAAGGCGGAGUGACUCCAUAUCAUUUACAACUAUCUUAUCCUUCCUUAUCCUUUUCUCGCUUUUGCCCUGAAAAGUGUCUCCUGUCAGCAUGAAUGAAGAAGAGCUGGUGGAGAACUUCCGGGCUCAGAUGAGGAAAGAUCCAGACGUGGCGUCCGCCGUGGCUGCCAUCCGCACCCUGCUGGAGUUCCUCAAGAGAGACCAAGGUGAGACCCUGCUGGGCCUAAGAGAGAGUCUGACGUGGGCCACGGACCGCCUGACCGGCGUGGACUCGUCGGUGGCCGUGUCGUCCGGCGGCGAACUCUUCCUGCGCUUCAUCAGCCUCACGUCGCUGGAGCACCAGGAUCUGUCCCGCUGCAAGAAGGUGAUGGAGGAGCGAGGCGAGCUGUUCUUAGAGAAGAUCUCCAUGUCCAGAAGCAAAGUAGCCAAGCUGUGUCACACCUUCAUCAAAGACGGCGCAAAGAUCCUGACGCAUUCCUACUCCAGGGUGGUCCUCCGCGUGCUGCAAAAGGCGGCAAGCGAGAACAAGCGCUUCUCCGUCUUCGUCACAGAGUCGCAGCCCGACGGCGCCGGGCGACAGAUGGCAGAAGACCUGAGGAAGCUCAACGUUCCCGCGACGGUCGUCCUGGAUGCAGCUGUCGGCUACAUCCUGGAGAAGGUGGAUCAAGUCAUCGUGGGUGCCGAGGGCGUGGUGGAGAGCGGCGGGAUCAUCAACAAGAUCGGCACCUACCAGACGGCGGUGUGCGCCAAAGCUCACAACAAACCUUUCUACGUGGUGGCCGAGAGCUUCAAGUUUGUGCGACUCUACCCGCUCAACCAACAGGACGUGCCCGAUAAGUUCAAGUACAAAGCGGACACGUUGAAGCAACUUCCCAACCUGUCCGAGGAACACCCGCUGGUGGACUACACGCCCCCCUCCCUCAUCACCCUCCUCUUCACCGACCUGGGCGUCCUCACGCCGUCGGCCGUCAGCGAUGAGCUCAUCAAGCUUUAUUUAUAAACGUGUGACUGACGGCGGGCUCAUUAAACGUUGAAAGAUGGAAAAGAGGCGUGAGACUUUUCAUGAUCCCGCUCAGUCGCGUCCUCGCGUGAUCGCCUUCUCAAAGUCCUCCUCGCAGAUUUGACCCUUCUUCAGCCUCUUCAGGAGGCGAGUGUCGUUGAGAAGCUCCUGCACGUCGUCCUCGUCCACAUCGGAGCACUGAGGACAAGAAGCAACGCGUUGAAGAUGUUUGUUGUGCUUGUUGGGUUUGAUGGGGCGGUACCUGCUCAUGCUUCCUUUUGGCAGCAUUCUUCUUCCUGCGCUCCUUCUUGGCUUUCUGCUUGGACCAGGCUUGGUUCCUCUGAGGCUUCUUCUUGGGCUCCAUCGUCUCUCGCUUCUCCUUGAGCUCCACAAGCAUCUUCUGCCGCUGUCUCUCCCUGUGCUUGUCCUUGUAGCGGAUGGUCUCCGUGUCCACCGCCACCUCCUGGAAGUCGGGGAAGGUUUUCCCGCGGAGCUCCGGCAUCUUUGGCAGGCGGAGGAGAGCGAAGCCGCGAGCCACCGAGGCAAAGUCCAGAUCUAGGAAAAACGGAGCAGAACCUUCAGGUGUCCCGUUUCGACUGCCAUGGUGCAGAACAUGCGGUGUUUCACCUUUCACCCUGAAGAUGAGGCUGCACUCGUGCUUGCCGUACGCCUGCACGUACGACACGAAGGCCCUCAUGCUCUUGUCAAACAGGGCGCGAUCCGCCAACGCCAUGGCCUUCACUUUGGGCAGCACGUCCACCACGUCGCUGACGGGCGACAUCUUCUGCAGCGGACACUGACCACACGACGCAAGAUAAGCUUCCCUCUACCUUCAUUCAAAACCAAUAGGACUCUUGCUACUCACUUUCUGGUUGAUGGACAGGAAGUUGACGUACGACUCCUCCAUGGGCAGCAGGAACACCAGAGCGUUGCCUCGGUUACCAAUCCUCGCCGUGCGUCCGCAUCGGUGGACGAACGCGCUGGGAGACAAUGGAGAUGCGGCGAUGAAGCUAACAUGCUAAAUUAGCAUCUUUCAUGGUGUCAACAGACAUGUCGACUUCAUUCAGUCUAAACCAGGGGUGUCCAAAGUGUCGCCCGGUGGCCGUUUGGGGCCCGUGGCUGAUUUUUAUUGGCUCUCUGCACAUUUUAAAAGUACAAUUAAACAAGAAAACUAAAAAGACAAAAAUAGAAAAACAGCAGUAACUUUACAGAAUAAAGUUGAAAUAUUAGAAUUAAAGUCAUAACAUUUUAAAAAAUUGUAACAUUACAACAAAAAACGUAUAACAUAUAAAAAGUAUAACGUUGUAAAGCUAUGGGGGGAAAGAAACAAUGAAUAAAGUUGCAAUUACGUUAAUGAAGUCAAUAUUAUGGGAAUAAAGUAAAAAAUUGAAAUAAUAAAAAAAAUGGAAAACAACAGCAAAAAUGGAAAACCGAGCACUGGAAAAAAAAGUCAAGUGUAACACAAAGGUGUUUUUUCUUUAAAUAGAUCUACACAGGUUGGCUUACAAAAUGCAAAAUAUCAACGAGGCCCCCUGUCCUCUUUCAUUUUUGGUGGAAGACGUUUGAACACCCCUGCUCUAAAUGAACUCUCUUGGAUUGUUACUAGACCGACCACCGUGUCAGCAGGUAAUUACCUCCCAUCUGUCAAAAUCACAGCCUUAGUUAUGUUUAAAAAUGACACACAAGCCUUAAAUCGAGCAUUCAAAUGUCUUAAGUCCACAGAACAUGAAACGUUUCCAUACUUUCGGUGUAAAGAAUUUGAUUUCAUUAGUGCUUUGCCUUUUAGCUUAACGGGCGGAACCAUCAAUCACUGUGUUGUUUCAGGGGACGGCAAAAAGGUCUUUAAUUUGGCUUCCUUAAAUCUGCAAAAACCUAAUAAAGUAUUUCUCUAUCAGAGAGGAGAAAUAUGAACCCACAGCAUUUCCGUGUGUGGAAUUAAACUAUGGAAUGGAUUGAGUAAGGAACUCAAACAAAGUACAGAGAUGAGCAAAUUCAAAAAACAAUACAAGCAGUUGGUGUUUGCUAAAUACAAGGCAGAAGAGUCCUGAUCAUCACAAUGAUGUUCUGUCAGGUUCGUUUUUUUUGUUUAUAAAAAAAUGUUUAUAAAAAAAGUUUUGUUCUUUAUUCAUAUUUAUUAUAAGCAUUUAUUUAUUUAUCUAUUAUUAUUAGUAGUAGUAGUAUUACUAUUAUUAAUGUAUUAUUAUUUUUUUUCCUUUGGGAGGGGUGUCUUACCGUUAUCUAUUAUGUAUUAUCCUGACUAUUACAGAAAACAUGACAGGGAAUGCAGGAAGUGAACUACAUGUACUGUACUAGAUGUAGAAUAGAUGGGGGGUAGGAUUAAAUAAGCUUUGCUUCUUCCUACUCCUUUUGGACAUGUGGAACUGUGAAAAAAUGAUUCAUGAGAUGUAUUCCAUUGUAACCUUCAUGUUCAAAUAAACUAAACCAAAACGUGCUCAGAUUUGCUUCGCUGCAGAGAAAAAAAACGUCCUGUUCUACUGCUCACAGCCACUAGGGGGCACAGUUGUACUGUAGUUCAGUGGUUCCCACUUUUUACAGUGGCGUAGCCCUCAGACAUUUGAAGCCAUGCACCUCCUACUGCUGCACAUUAAAAAACAUUUUUACCAACCAUUUUUACAUUUCAUUAAAUUGAAAUAUUUAACAUGAUUAAUUUGUUCAUUAAUUUUAUAGGAAGUCAUUCUGGUUCAAAAAUGUGUUACAGAUUUUGGUAAAAGUUUGACAUG